AUGGAAGUCCAAUCAGUUACUUCCAGUUCUUCUCGGUCCCAGGUAAUCAAGGAGUCGGAUCGCAUACCCGACUUUUCCUCAAAGUCAAUUCGAAAUUACUGCAAAACAAGGUUUACAACCUUCUUCAUUAAUAAUGAAGAGUUCCAUAAUGCUACUUGGAAUGAGAUCUUGAACCCCUUCCACAAUCUUAGUCAGCUUAGCGGAAGACAAUGGAAUUUUUACUUUGUUGGUUAUUGUGGUUGGACUUGGGAUGCCUUUGAUUAUUUCUCAGUGGCGCUCAAUGUCACCAACCUUGCUGAAGCUUUCGAUGUCACUAUCAAGGACGUCACUUGGGGCAUUACCGUUGCGCUCAUGCUCCGUUCCGUUGGUGCCGUUAUAUUUGGGAUAUGGGGCGAUCGGUGUGGUCGUAAGUGGCCCUACAUCUUUAAUUUGGCACUCUUGCUGGUCUUGCAGAUUGGUCUUGGAUUUGUUCAAACCUAUGGACAAUUUUUAGCGGUCCGUGCACUUUUCGGAAUUGCUAUGGGGGGUAUGUAUGGGAAUUGUGUAACCUUAGCCUUGGAAGAUUGUCCCGUCGUGGCAAGAGGGGUCAUCUCAGGAAUGUUCCAAGAAGGGUAUUCCUUGGGGUAUCUUCUUGGGGUUAUAUUCCAGCGUGCCAUAACAGACACUAGUGUACACUCAUGGAGAGCUCUCUGUUGGUUUUCGGCUGGUCCUCCAGUCAUCUUUAUGGUUUGGAGAUAUUUCCUACCUGAAACAGACACUUAUAUCCAACAGAAACGGAUACGAGAAUUAAACAAACAAAAUAUGAGUGAAUCUGAGACUAAAUUUGAUAUGGUGGUUUUCAAAAAAAAUGCAAUGAAAGCAUUUAAAAAGUAUUGGUUAAUUAGUAUCUACUCAGUGAUACUCUUGUCUGGAUUCAACUUUAUGUCUCAUGGAUCGCAAGAUUUGUACCCCACCAUGUUGACUAAGCAAUUGAAGUACAGCAAUGACAGAUCCACCGUUACAAACUCUGUUGCAAACUUGGGUGCAUUGUUUGGAGGCAUAUUCUUUGGACAGUUCUCCACCUACGUCGGUAGAAGGUUUACCAUGGUGGCAGGGUCCAUCUUUGGAGGGGCUAUGAUCUAUCCGUGGGCAUUUGUGAGAAACUCGGGCAUCAACGCUGGUGCGUUCUUCUUACAAGCUGCCGUUCUUGGGGCAUGGGGGGUUAUCCCAAUUCAUUUAUCUGAAUUGGCGCCUCCGGAACAUCGAUCAUUUUUCACGGGCUUUUCGUAUCAAUUAGGUAAUUUAUGUUCCUCGGCAAGUUCGACCAUUGAGUCCACCAUUGGAUUAAGGUUCCCACUUCCUCACGUUGGAAAGGGUGUUUAUGAUUAUGCCAAGGUAAUGGCAAUAUUCAUGGGUUGUGUUUUUGUAUUUGUGAUCAUCAUUGUAUUCAUGGGGCCCGAAUACAAAGGAGCGGACUUGAACACGUACCGGGUUGAAGAUGUGACUGAAGUCCAUGAUGAUCUGACGGAAUCAAUUGAUUCAGAGUCUUCGAAGCCUUUAGCUCGUCACAUUGAAAGUGUUUAA